UGACUUUCUAACGCUAACACUGUGUACAAUGACCCAUGAAACAAAAGAACUCUCUUGUGAUAUACUAUAGCUACUAAGAUAAACACAUUUUGACAACUGCAUAUAAAAAAGGAAAUAUUAAAAAUAUAAAUGCCAUUUCAAAACAGCUCGCCGAAGGGUCCCCCCGACGUGUUAGCUUCGUGUCUUUCCCAGCCUACAACAGAGACGUCGGCCAAGAUGGCGGCGAAAGCUGAUCUUCCUCGCAAGAUUCCCUUGCUUAUUCUCGACGAUAAAGUUCUUCUACCUGGCUCUUCCAUGCGCAUAGCUGUUAGGGAUGCUGCAAGUAUUCGGAUGAUCGACUCGAGGCUGUUAAGACGGGACUCGCUAAGAAGUGUGUUAAUUGGAGUCGUACCUAGAAAGUCUAAGUCGGAGGAUUCAGGGUCCUCCUUUCUCAAGACUGUUGGGACGGCUGCUGUAGUGAUUCAGGUCACAGGGACCAACUGGCCCAAGCCCCUAUAUACACUGCUAGUGACUGGACUUUGUAGAUUCUCUAUUGAUGGUAUUGUCCAGGCGGAGCCCUACCUGCUAGCAGAUGUCACUCAGCUUGACUUGCCCUCAAAACAAGAAGCUGAACUUAAAAGGAAUGCUGAACUUGCAUCCCUGGCAGUGGAGUUCAGACUUAUCGCCAGUGAGAUAGUCGACAUGUUGGAUGGAAAGAUCCCUGUUAUAGCAAGACUAAAGGAGAUGCUGACAGCUCUUCCAGACUACAACCUCCCAGACACUCUUGCUUCGAUCAUCAAGGCCUCAUUUGAUGAAAAGCUAGAGGUGCUAAAUGCAACUGAUUUAGUUGAACGAUUCAAAAAAGCGCUCCACCUCCUAAAGCGCCAGCAAGAGGCAAUAAAGGCAAAUGGCACCACAGUUGUCAAAGUCAACCAGUCAUCUUCAAGGCUAAAACCACUUUCCAAAAAGUUUGGUAGUGGAUCCAAAAAGCUUUACAGAAAUCUGAGUGAUGAUGAUGAUAAUGAUGAUGAAGAUGACAUUGAAGAACUUGAACGAAAAAUCAAAGCAGCACAGUUACCUGAGCAUGCACAAAGAGUAGCUAUGAAGGAAAUAAAACGUUUAAAGAAAACUCCGCCUCAGUUCCCUGAGCAUGCAACUUCAAGGAAUUACCUGGAAUGGAUGAUUGAUCUACCUUGGAGCAAAGAAACCAAAGACAAACUGGAUAUCGCACAAGCGAGGCGUGACCUCGAUACUGACCACUAUGGUCUGGAGAAGCUCAAGAAACGUGUCAUCGAGUACCUGGCUGUCCGCAAACUGAAAAACAACCUUAAAGGCCCGAUUCUGUGCUUCGUUGGUCCACCAGGCGUCGGGAAGACCAGCGUGGGCCGGUCAGUUGCAAACACCCUGGGAAGAGAGUUCCACAGGAUCUCACUUGGUGGAAUUUGUGAUCAGUCAGAUAUUCGAGGCCACAGGCGGACGUAUGUUGGCUCAAUGCCUGGACGGAUUCUAAAUGCUCUGAAAGCCGUUGCUGUAAAAAAUCCUGUGAUUUUACUGGAUGAGGUCGACAAACUUAGCAAAAGUCUCCAUGGUGACCCCGCUGCCGCUCUGCUGGAAGUGUUGGACCCUGAACAGAAUUGGAACUUUGUCGACCACUAUUUAAAUAUGCCAUUUGACCUCUCACAGGUGUUGUUUAUUGCUACUGCUAACAGCGUUUCUACUAUUCCACCCGCUCUGUUAGACAGAAUGGAGUUAAUUCAAGUUCCUGGUUACACCCUGGAGGAAAAAAUGGCCAUUGCCUCACGGCAUCUUAUUCCCAAACAACUCAAGGCGCACGGUCUGGAUGUGGGGAGUAUUGAGUUUGAGACUCAAAGUAUCAAGGAUAUCAUCUCCCACUACACGCGCGAGGCUGGGGUGCGUUCGCUGGAGAGAAAACUUGGCGCUGUGUGCAGGGCUGUUGCCGUUAAGGUGGCAGAGAGUAGCAUGGCCGCCGAGAAGUCGAGCGGUAACACGCAGGUGAACACGGAACAGCACGUGAUCAGUAAGGAGGUCGUCGAACGUGUACUUGGGCCUCCAGUAUUUGAAUCCGAAGUUGCCCAGCGGUUAUCCGUGCCAGGUGUCGCCACAGGGCUCGCAUGGACUUCCAAUGGUGGCGAGAUCAUGUUCAUCGAGGCGACGCGCAUGGGAGGGGAGGGUCAGUUGACGCUGACUGGGCAGCUUGGGGACGUAAUGAAGGAGUCUGCGCAGUUGGCGCUCAGCUGGCUGAGGAGCCACGCCGUCGAGUACGGUCUCACCAGUGACCACGAGGUAGACCUUGUUGAACGUACAGAUAUUCACGUGCACUUUCCCGCGGGUGCUGUCGGGAAGGACGGCCCAUCAGCUGGUGUUGCUAUCGCCGUAGCUCUGGUCUCGCUCUUCAGUGGACAGUGCACGAGGUCAGACACAGCAAUGACUGGGGAGAUAACGCUUAGGGGUCUUGUACUGCCGGUUGGCGGGAUCAAGGAGAAAGUUCUCGCCGCUCACCGUGCUGGGAUCAAGCGUGUCAUCCUCCCCAAGCGAAACGAAAAGGAUCUGCUUGAGAUUCCAGACAACGUGAAGUCGCAGCUCGACUUCUUGCCUGUCAGCCAAGUUGAGGAGGCGAUCCAUGUAGCGUUCCAAGAUGGUUCCCCCUUCAUACGGAUUCCAGGACUUCUCGGUGGCAGCAAGUUGUAACCAUCGGCGGCAAUCCGCGGCAACCAUUCACGAACUAAAGGCCGAGAGACUACCGGACAAGAUCUAUUCGUCGACGAGAACCCAACCAUUCACGAACUAAGGGACGAGGGACCACCGGACAAGUUCUAUUUGUCGACAAGAACCCGACCAUUCACGAACUAAUGGGCGAGAGACUACCAGAAAAAUUAUAUUCAUUCAACUGUUCUCUGAUAAGCUAGAGACUAACAACUAGAAGAAGAAUGUAGCUACAGAUGCUUGCGAAAUCGUUUUUUUUCCCAUGCUCCUUGCCAAAGUUUAGGCUUGUCAAAUAUAGCAACAGUAACAAGGGAAUAGAACAAUGGAUGGAGGUUUGAUCAAUUCGUGAUGAUUACUUGUGAAAGACUGACUAAACAGUUGUAAAAGAGUAAAAAAAAAACUUGGAAGAAUUUGUUGCGUAGAUAAAUUAUGGGUGCUGCAUGUGCCCUAGGUAUAUUGCGUGAAGCACGAGGUAAUAACACGAUAAUCAUUUAAUCCAAUAUGAUUCGAGAGAAAAUACCGAAGAAAAUUGUUGAUGUGAUCAUAUGGGCUAUAGGAUAAAUAAAUGAUGAAUAAAGAAUGAAUAUAAAGCACGUAUGCCUACUUCAA